UGUCCUUUGACCUCUGUCGCUUCUAAAAUAGAGGAACGACCUUGUGGAGAUUUAAGUCAUAGCUGCAGUUGUUGACUGCGCAGUUUUGUCCGUCUGCCACAGAGUUUCACACGUUGGGCUGCUGAGGUAAAAAGAAAAAAAAAAGAAAGAAAGAAAGUACGCUCUUAACUUGCAGCAAAGUAUUCCUGGAGGAGGUGUGAUGUUUGCCACAUCGUCAGCACUCAGCGGUUUUAUCGCGGACUUUUAGAUUUUCGCUUUUGAGACAACUGAAGGAAAAAGAAAAAACUUGAGAAACCUCCAUACAAGCAUGCUGUCAUCACUUUAGUUGCUCGUCUCAUGGAUCCUCUGUGCCUUACAAUUCCAAGUGACGCCAGCUGUUCAACACAUUUUCCUGAUCUGUGCUGUCUCCAGUAACCAGUGGAGGGUGAUGAGGUUGGCAGGGAGCCUGCAGCUUGCUCUGCUUUUGGCCUUGACUUCCAGGGCGGCAGGCCUCAAUGUCCCUCUGGAAGUGGAGCAGCCUCCAACCUUAAUAACUUACACGUCAGGUCCCAAGACUGUCCUUCCUUUUGAAAACAAUGUCACUAUCAAGUGUGAAGCAAAGGGCAACCCGCCGCCAGAAUACAGAUGGACAAAAGAUGGCGAAGACUUCGUCCCUCCCUACAUUGCAACAAACGCAACAAACCAUACAGGUGGCUCUUUUGUGCUUCACAGAAAGAACCUUAUCCAGUUCCAGGGUAAAUACAGAUGCUAUGCCUCUAACAAGCUGGGAACUGCCAUAACAGAGGAGACUGAACUGAUAGUUACCAGUAACCCCAAAUUUCCAAAGGAGGAAAUACAUCCCUUAGUUGUUAAGGAGGGAGAGCCAAUUGUGCUGAAGUGUAACCCUCCAGAGGGCGCGGCUCCUCGUAAGAUCUACUGGAUGACUCUUGGUCUCCAGCACAUUGAGCAAGAUGAGAGGGUUUCCAUGGGCAGUGAUGGCAACCUGUACUUCUCUAAUGCCUUACACAAUGACAGUCGUCAGGAUUACUGUUGCUUUGCUUCUUUCUCCAGAAUACGCACCAUCGUCCAGAAAACCGCCAUGGCUGUCAUGGUCAAUUCCUCUGAACCCAUCCCACAUAGAAUACCUGGCCUGCUGCUGCCCUCUGGUGUUCAGACAGAGAAGGUGCUGUUGAAGGGAGAGGAUCUUCAGCUUGAGUGCAUCCCUGAGGGCUUUCCCACUCCGAUGGUAACAUGGAUGAAAAUGGGAGAAAAGCUGCCUCCACGGAAAAAAACGGACAUGUUUGGAAAGCUGUUGACAAUCUCUGCUGUAGAUGAGAGGGAUCAGGGGAAAUACAUGUGUACAGCCAAAAACUCUGCCGGAGAGGCUGUUCACUACUUUGACGUAAUAGUGGAAGAGCCACCAAAGUGGCUGUCAGAGCCUCCUCAGAGCCAGCUGACUGUGAUUGGGUCUGAUGUUUACAUCAAGUGCUCAGUCAGUGGAAAACCACCACCAGACAUAACAUGGAGGAAAAAUGGAGAACUUAUCCAAGAUGACCCAGGGAGCAACAGGCGGGUGUUUGAUGACACUCUUGUGCUCAAUAAUGCCAAACCAGAGGACAGUGCUGUCUACCAGUGUGAAGCCUCCAACAGUCAUGGAAGUCUUCUGGCCAAUGUUAAUGUCAUGAUCUUGAAUAUGGCUCCUCUGAUAUUGACAAGGGACUACCAAGAAUAUGCUGUAAUUCUAGGAGGGGACAUCAUCAUGAACUGCAGUGUCUUUAGUUCUCCACCACCUGACAUCUCUUGGGUCAAAUAUGAUGCUUCAGAAACUAUCGAGGGAGAACGAUUUCUUUCUCUCCAGAACGGAUCGUUGCAAAUCAUCAGUGCAGAAAAAGGCGACAGUGGGAAAUAUGUGUGUGCUGCCUUUAACACGGAGGGGAAGUCAGCUGUCACCGCUGUGCUGGAUGUGAAAGACCCUACAAAAAUAGUAGAUCCACCUCAGGAUGCGCAGGUCAUCAGUGGCAGCACAGCCCAGUUGAAAUGCCAGGCAGAGUACGAUAAAAGCCUGAACAGCUCCUUUGAGGUGAUAUGGAGAAAGGAUGGUGAGCAGAUCCCACUUUCCUUUGAGGAAAAUUCCGGAGCCUAUAAGUUCAGAUACUUGGGGGAUGAUGGGAUGCUGCAGAUCAUGAAUGUGAACCUGAGUGAUCAAGGAAUAUACACAUGCAUUGCGAGAACCAGUCUAGAUAAGGACAAUGCCACUGCACUACUCACAGUACUGGAUGUUCCUGAUGCUCCUACUAAUGUUAGGCUGUCGGAACUUAAGAGUCCAAGGAUCGUCACCCUGUCUUGGGUGCCUGGGAAUGAUCACAACAGCUCUGUAAUAGAGUUUAUAGUGGAAUAUGAGGAGAGCCAAUGGGAGCCUGGGACGUGGCAGAAGCUACAGAAAGUCCCUGGUAACCAGGCAACAGCUGAGCUGGCACUACAUGGACACCUUAACUACCAGUUCAGAGUGUAUGCAGUGAAUGCCGUUGGACCUGGACCCCCUAGUGAGCCCACUGAGAGAUACAAAACACCCCCUGCUGCUCCUGACAGAAACCCAGAGAACAUCAAAAUUCAAGGCCAUCUUCCUCAUCAAAUGGACAUUAGCUGGGAGCCGCUGUUGUCUUUUGAACACAAUGGCCCGGGCCUUGAGUACAAGGUGAGCUACCGAAGACUCGGGGUGGAGGAUUCCUGGAAGGAUCACCUGGUUAACAGACACUCCUUUGUCGUGAGAAACACGACCACUUUUGUCCCCUAUGAAGUCAAAAUUCAGAGCAGGAACAGCCACGGCUGGGGACCAGAACCUAAGAUUGUCACAGGUUACUCUGGAGAAGAUGUUCCUACAGCAGCACCACAGAACGUAGCAGUGGAGGUGAUCAACACCACUGUUCUGAGAGUUAGCUGGACCCCGGUUUCCCCUGCCACAGUGAGAGGUCAUCUAGGGGGCUACAAUGUUCACUGGUUGAGGAAGCGGAGUCUGCUGAAUCCCAAGAAGAUUUUAGAUGAUCGCCAGUCCCUGUCCUUCCCUGGAAAGAGGAGUCAUGCCAUCGUGCCAGGCCUUGAACCUUACUCUGAGUACAGACUCACCGUCAGUGUUUUCAACAAGAAGGGAAAUGGGCCCAACAGUGACCCCGUCUUCUUCAGCACUCCAGAAGGAGUUCCUGAACAAGUGCCUGUGUUGACUGCCUCCAAUGCCCAGAAGGACUCCAUUUUGCUGGUAUGGGGACCACCUCUGGAGGCAAACGGCAUCCUCACUGGUUAUCUCCUGCAGUACCACCUCAUUAAUGAGACCACACUUGAGGUGGUUGACUCCCAGGAGAUGAACAUCAUUGGGGCUGACACCACUCAGCAGCAGCUUCAAGGCUUAAAGGAGGGCAGCCUCUACCGCUUCCACCUCAGUGCCUGCACUCGAGCAGGUUGUGGACCUCCGCUGGCCCAGGAGGGCAACACCAUCUCUGUUGGACGUGCGGAGGGUCAGCAGAGCAACUUUUCGACCAGGGGAUGGUUCAUUGGGACCAUGUGUGCUGUGGCGCUCCUCACCCUUGUUGUACUCAUGGCCUGCUUUGUGCAGAGAAACAAAGGUGGCAAGUAUGCAGGUACGCCACCGCCUUGCCAGCGACAAGACAUGUUCUCCAUGGAAAAAGUGAAAGAAAAGGAGGACCUCCACCCUGACGUGGAGUCACAAGCAAUGAAUGAUGACACCUUCUGUGAAUACAGUGACAGCGAUGAGAAGCCACUGAAGGGCAGUAGCUUGUGUUCCCUGAAUGGCAAUGAUACUGUUGGGGACAGCGUCAGCAGAGACAGCCUGGUUGACUACGCAGACGGUGGAGGAGAAUUCAGCGAGGACGGUUCAUUUAUCGGAGAAUAUUCUGGACCCAAGCACAGAGGUUCUGGUGGCGAGCCCAGCGGACCCAGCCCAGUCACUGCAUAAAGCCAGGCUGCAGCUGAAACAGGCUGCUUCAAAUCCUUUCGUGAAACUUUUGAAAUUUAGCUUUGCUGCCACUCAAUAUUGCUUGAAUUGUCAAAUAUGGCGCAAUGAAAAAGUCUCGAAUGAGCGGAUGUUUUUUUUCCUGAAGACUGGAAAUGAAAGAAUGCAUCCAGCCAUACACAUCAGUGUGAAAACCACCCGAGUCUUUGUACAUACUGUAAGAGAAUGAACUGUAUGAUUAGAGUGAUAUGAGAAUUAAUUGUUUUUGUACCUAUCAGCCAUAAAUCUUCAGUGGUGUACAUUGAUUUUAUACUGUAACUAUAAGAGAAGCAGAUAAAAAAUUAUUUUCCACAAAUUAAAAAAUACUGAAAAGAAUAUUUGUAUUUUUUUACGCAAUGGACAAAAAUAACAUAUAUAAGUAUCUACGACUUCAUUCAUUCAUCGCACAGUACAGGGCGUCUGACUUUCACUCUCAUCAUGGCAAAUUUCUAGUCAUAAAUGCUUUACUGUCUAUUACUGUAUAUUAUUUGUAUUCAUUUUUGUUUUUGUUUUUUUGAAUAUCAAUAUGCAGAUAUGUGAAAGUUGACCAUUUGUAUUUUUUUUUUUAUUAUCGAAAUGCUCAUGAUGUCCUUUUAUGUCAUUACAUCAAAAGUGUUUCCAGACAUAAACAUAAGAACUAAACAAACUCAACAAGUUCAAGUAUCUGAUUUCCCCAAACACGCCCCUGGUCGGGUGUGGAAAUUACAGAAGGGAUGUAUACUAGUUGUUUAGAAAGAAGGUUAAAUUGAUAAGUGUAGUUCUGUGUUUGAUUAGUGGAAUCAUGAAUGCAUUCAUUUGAGGAACUUCUUAAAACUGUAAUUGGUGAAUAAAGCUUUCACCUUAGGGACUCUCCAGUACUGAAGUUUCUAAAUGUAAGCAAUUUGUCCUGCUCCUGUUUGUAAAGUCUGGGACGUUUUAAUCAUGUGCCUUUAUUCCGAGUGAAUCACUCUAUAUCUCGUUAAAAUGAUCAGGCAGCCGGGCUAUUUAUU